CGAGCCUGUCAACUCUUUACCGGCGCCCGGGCGGCACCGAGCAGUGAACAGGGGGCCCACGCCAGAACCAGGCCAGCCGCCAGCCGCGCCAGCCUCCCACCCUAAUCUAGGUUCCUGCUUGGCGGCGGCGGCGAGCCGACGAUGGCGCGGAAGCGCAAGACGGAGGUGGCGCCGCGCCUGGACGAGGCCGACCGCACGCUCCACUCCACCUUCUGCAGCGCAGCCAACUCCCUCUCCCAGCUCUACUCCCAGGCCAUCGCCCAGCAGAAGCAGUCCUUCCACGCCGGCGAGCUCCACGCACUGGACAAGCUCUACCACUGGAUCCUAAGAAAGUACGAGGAAGAGUCAAGACUGACCAUUGCUGAUAUAAUGGCUCAUAUCCAGCAUGAGAUGGACUACAGAUGCAGUGAUGCACUUGUUGCCCAAGGAGUACAACAGCAGUAUCCUCCGAGUGCAAGGCAGCAUCUUGGCAACUCAAGCAGCCAACUCUCAGCUACUUCUCAUGGUUCGGCAUCUGGUCUUGCUCCUCGGGCCAUCAACACUGAACAGUCAAAGAACAGCAUAUUCUCAAAUGCUCUUUCUAGUCCUGUCCGGCGGAGUCUUCAGAGCUACCACCCAACUCAAGCUCAAGUACAAGGAGGAGGCAAUGGAGGCCAUAACAGCAGGGGAUCAGCAAGCCCUGGAGCGCACAACAGGGAGACCAACUCAGCAGGCUCCAACGACACCGCAAUGGACAUGGUUUCAGAUAGUGCAGCAAAUGAGUACUACUGAGAUGAUGGAUGCACCAGCAGCACUGUAUCAGGAUCUUUAAAUUGUAUCGUUCCAUGCAUCAAGUGUCCCCCCUACACCACACCAUCUUUGCAUCAUAAAGGGAGCACGGUUGGUUACUUGAUUCGCCUGCAAUGUGAUUCAUUUUGCUGAAACUCGUUAGGAAAACAAACCUGCUCCUGACUGCUGCCUAGAAAUGUGUUUGAGAAUUGUUUGUGUUGAGUAGUACUGUAGUACGUCUUGAUGUGUAUGAGAAAAAGAUCAAAUUGUGCAGUGGCGUUAUCUAUGUUUUAGGUGAAA